AUGAUCUCACGUAUCUUCACCCGUUCAUUAGCUUCAACCCGUGUGUUGGCCAAUGCUGCUGCUGCUAAAAAUGCUAAGCCACCAGUUCAAUUGUUUGGUAUUGAUGGAACCUAUGCCAGCUCAUUAUACUCGGCCACCAUUCAACAAUCAGAUAUGAACCAAACUUACAACUCAUUGAAGAGAGUUGAAGAUGUCAUUAAGGGAGACCCAUCAUUGGAAGAAGCAUUGACCAACCCAGCUUUGACUAAAGACGAUAGAAUUGCCAUUGUUAAGCAAGUAAACACGAGUUUGAAUUUGGACAAAACCACAGCUAAUUUCCUCUUGGUCUUGGCUGAAAACAAUAGAUUGGGUAACUUUCCAUCAAUUUUCAAGAAGUUUGGUUUGUUGAACGAUGCCUACAAUGGUAUUAUUGAAGCUAAAGUCACCAGUGCCAAACCAUUGGAAUCAAAAGUUUUGAAAAGAUUAGAAGCCUCAAUCGGUGGCAGUUCAUUUGUCGGUCAAGGUAAGACUUUGAAAUUGAAGAAUGAAGUCAAUCCUGAUAUCAAAGGUGGUUUGGUUGUUGAAGUUGGUGACAGAACUGUUGACGUUUCUAUUGCAAACAAGGUUGCCAGAUUGAACCAAACUUUAAGAGAUAACUUGUAA